AUGGCGGGCGAGUGUACUUCCCCUUUGGGAAAUAAACUGGAAAUUUGUCCUUCCUUAAAGCAACUAGAAGACUUCUACCGAAAUCAGGUACGAUUUUUUGAGGGGAAAUUUAACCGAAAGUUAAAAGACGGCAAUCUUUUUCGUCUGACUUCAGAGAGUCCGCAGCAGAAAGUAAUUUCUUUGGAGGUUUCCAAACUUGUAUUCUUGAAGUCACUGGCUUCCAGGUUCUCGGACAAUGAAGUAUUGGAGAGAUACCCGCUUUAGAUAUUCCAUUUUAUGCUGUCGUAGAGAAUUUUGUUUAUGAACUACCUCAGGGUACCUCAAUUGAAAUCUCGAUGGGCCAGCUUGUUCUUUCUAUUGAACAUAAAGGGGACAAUAUGAAAUGUUUGAUACCUUAUGAUGGGUCAAAUCUGGGUGAAGAUGAUACCUUACCAGAUAACUUUGCUCUUCGCACUAUUGAAGUUGAUGGUGAUACAUUACAACACCCUCAAUACAAAGGGUCAGGCACAUUAAAAGUUGAGAAGGGAUAUGACUUUGUGUACUCGGCAUGUGAUGUUAUAUUACCAGGGGAUACUUUGGUCAUUUGUAACAUGAUAUUUUAUGUAAUUUCUGUUGUCAGAGAUAUGUUUGAUCCUAGCGGUACUAAAGACCUUGUUAGACUGGACAGGUCACUAAAUUUUAAUGCCCGAAG